CGGGGACCCUAUGGAAAUUAUCUUAUGCUAUAAUUAAAAUAACAUAAUAAUAAUAGUUGACGCUCCAUUAGUAAAAGUUCCUGGAGUUUAAUUAAAGCCUUUUAUUUACUUUUUUUUCUUGUUAUUUGAGUUAUAGUUCUUCUUCGAACUUCCAUGUGUUAAUUUCCUAGUUCUUUCCUGUUGACUUUGGAUUUUCAUGAAUCUUUACACUUGCAAAACCGCCACUGGUAAUUAUAUAUGUUCUGUCCACAUGCAGAGUGCUGCUGUUUGUGAUCCUCCCCUUCCUCCGUCUUUCUUUUUCCAAUUCAGUCUCUUCUAUUUCUCCCCGUAAUAUUAAUGGUAGUCUAUAAGCUGGACUCUAAUGCCAUCUUCCUUCGCUGCCACGACAAAGCCAAACUAGACUUGUAUGAACUAGAUGCUGCUGUUUCCUCCUCUUCUAUUGUGAAAGGAACAGACUGGAAGCAUUUAGCUAGUUUAGAGGCCAAUCUGCAGUACGAUGCCUUGGAGAUCUUCGGUGUCCAGAUCAAUGGGCUUGCAUUCAAGAACUUAGGGGAAGAGCUUUACAAUCUCCAUGUAAUAGUUAAUCGUGAAGGGUUUUGUUAUCUUAAUGUCUCAAGAAUUGUGGAUCCAUCAGUUGAUCUGGUUUAUUACAGAUUGAACGAUCUUUUUGGUUGGUCGAAAUAUGGAGUCAAACCCAAGAUCUUAUCGAUCUGGAAUCGUUCUGAUAUAGUCAAUGGAGGAGCUAUAGUAGAUCUUGAAGAUCAAUACAAUGCCUUAAAUAAACUGAAAGAAGACUUGAAAAAGAAAGAUCAAGAAUUGGAAUUAUACAAAGAAGAGAUUUCUGCUUUGCAAAUAGAGCUUGAUAAGUGUCAUAAAAGAGGGUCAAAGAAAUCGCUUCCACCGCCGCCUCCGCCUCCUAUCAGAUUCUACGUUUUGCAGUCUCCGCUUUCUUCCCAGUUUGAUAUUACAUGGAUCUUGAGAAAGUUUACUGCUGUAGAUGAAGAUGUUACAGGGUUAUUUCCAAGAAAUGUAAGUGUAUAUGUUAGUGACGGACAGUUUGAUACUGGCAGUUGGAGGUUUAUUAGAGGUGAAGAGAAUAAUCGGACUUAUAUGGUUGCUUUUUAUGAAGGUGGAUUAGGGCAAGUUGAGUUUCACGGUGAUGUUGUUAGUGUUCCUUACACUAGAGGAGCGGCUUUACUGGCUGAUGUUUACUUCUUUGUAGCUUUGAUAAGUGGGAUAGGUUUCCGGUUUGCUUUUCUGUAUUAGCUGUUACUACAUCAAUAUAUUAGAGUCUAGUGUUUCUUCGUUGCAGUGGCCUUCUGUUGCCAUUUUAAUGUUCUUCUGGUGUUCUGAUUUUGUCUGUCGAAAGCUCAAGUGUUUGAUUGUGGGAAAUGAGAAUGAAGUGUAUAAUUUUAUCAAA